CGAUUGAGAGGAGUCGCAGUGGUGGCAUCUCAUGCAAUCACCAACGUUAUCAACUUACAAUCCUCAUUUCGGCUCCAUCACCAGUUGCAAUGGCGAACUCGUUUUUAUCAUUAUUAUUAUUAAUUUCUGAUUAUCUUCUCAUAAUUUUCAUCUGUUUUUUGCAACGUUCAGUGGAAGAUUUGUGCAAACUUAAAGCUUGACAGUCGUGGUUUGCAUAUAAAUAAUUUCGUGCUGCUGUUUGAUUCGUAUUCAGUUAUGAUUUGAACUCUUCUGAAAACAGAUGAUUAAGAUGGAGUCAGUAUUUUAUCUUUAUAAAUGGGCUCUCAUAGUUGGUGGAAUUUCUGUUGCAGUCGCUCUGACACUCUCAUUCCUCUUAAUUCUUCAACACCUAAGAGCCUACAAUAAUCCUGCGGAACAAAAAUGGAUUGUUAUUGUGCUUUUCAUGGUGCCUGUAUAUGCCUCUGAAUCAGUACUAUCUCUGUGGAAUCCAAGAAUUUCAAUAGAGUGUGACAUAUUGAGGAAUUGCUAUGAAGCCAUUGCUUUGUAUGCUUUUGGUAACUAUCUAAUUGCUUGUUUAGGUGGAGAAAAUAGAAGCAUAGAGUUUCUUGAAAGAGAAUCAAACAGUGAUCUUAGUGUGGCCCUGUUGAAAGAUAAUCAAAAUAAGAAAGAAUUCAUUCAGCAUCCUUUUCCUUUAAGCUUGAUGAUUCGGCCAUGGGUUCGUGGUCAAGAAUUUUAUAGAUUUACAAAAUUUGGUAUUGUACAAUAUAUGAUUUUGAAAACAGUAUGUGCCUUUUUAGCAUUGGUGUUGGAACUUUGUGGUGUUUAUGGUGAUGGAGAAUUCAAAUGGCAUUAUGGAUAUCCAUACAUUACUAUUGUGCUGAACUUCAGCCAGGUGUGGGCAUUGUAUUGUCUAAUGCAAUUCUAUACUGUUACUCAUGAUGAACUUCAAGCUAUCAGACCAUUGGCAAAGUUCAUUAGUUUCAAAGCAAUUGUUUUUGCUACCUGGUGGCAGGGUGUAGCCAUUGCAAUCAUCUGCUCACCAAGUGUUUUGGGAGUUUCAUUACCAGGUGGACAAAAAUUUCAGUCUGGUUUGCAGGAUUUCCUCAUUUGUGUUGAAAUGGCUUUUGCUGCAGUGGCCCAUAUUUUUGUCUUUCCUGUAGAACCAAACCGUCACUCAGACGAGAACAACCAUGGAAGUUUAACACUUGAGUCCACCUCAAUGACUGUCGAAACUCGAAAAGACACUGAUAAAAGUUUUGAUAAAGAAGGGCAUGAUGUUGUGCAAGUGUCACAGACUGAAGUUGAGGGCCAUGGAACAAGUUUGAAAGAAAGUGUCCAAGAUAUUGUUUUGCGAGGUGCUGAACAUGUGGUGCAUGAUGUGCUAAUAACUGUAUCACAAGCUGUGGAACCCAUGGAAAAGGGUGUUACCAAGAUUAAUGAGACCUUGCAUCAUCUUUCCCAUGGUGGAAAGCUCGAAGACAAUGAACCAAAGCUAGAGAUUGAUGAGCAACUAUCAGAAUCUACAGAUAAUAAAAGCGAUGAAGUCACUAUUAAAAGACACAUGGUUGAGACAUCCCUUGGUGUCAAUGAUCCAGUACAACUGGAUACAAAAAUGUUAAAAAGAGUGUUGCCCGAUCCGGUGGACUGAACCUAUCUGGUAACAUAUCACUCCAUGUGUUUGUUACAGAGCUUAGAUCCAUGUCUAAGCAUGCGUGCUCGGUUCUCCAAUAUCCAGGUUUUAAGAAAUGAACCAAAAAUCAGCAUUUGACUACUUCCUACUUCCU